CCGGCAGUACCGCGCAGGCGCCGCGGAGCCGCGCGGAGGAAGUUUGAACGGUGGCGGGCACCGGAGCCGCUGAUGGAGUCCGUGCUGAAAGGUGUAUAUGCAUUUGUAGAAGUUUGGUCAUCUAGCAGAACAGAAAAUUACUCGAAAGCCUUUGAGCAGCAACUUCUUGAUAUGGGAGCAAAAGUUUCAAAAACUUUCAACAAGCGUGUGACACAUGUAGUCUUCAAAGAUGGGCAUUCAACUACAUGGAGAAAAGCACAGAACGCUGGUGUAAAGAUUGUUUCUGUACUCUGGGUGGAGAAAUGUCGAGAAACUGGAGUACGUGUUGAUGAAUCUUUAUUUCCUGCAGCAUACAAUAAUGAAGGGUUACCACUAAAACACAAAUGUAUGCAGCCAAAGGACUUUGUUGAGAAAACUCCAGAAAAUGAUAGAAAGUUGCAGAGAAGACUGGACCGGAUGGCUAAGGAAUUAGCUCAACAAAGGAUAGGAAUUAAUGCAGAAACUGAUAUACCAGUUUUACUGUUUGAAGAUGAUGGUUCACUUGUGUAUAGCCCUGUUUCUAAAAUAAAAAAUCAAUGCAGUGAAAUGGAAAGAAGAAUAAAUGAGAUGAAGGAGAAAAGAGAAAAUCUUUCUCCUACAGCUUCCCAAAAGUUUCAGGUGCCUCUGUGUUGCUCACAAGGAGACUGCCCAUUGUCUACCUCCAUAACUAAUUCAGAAGACACAUUGCAAGGAGAAAAAAAGAAAGACUGCUUGAACUCAAGUUGUGAUGACUUAUUUGGAACUAUUACAUCAAAGAGACAGAAAAAAGAGGUAGAAAACAUCUGCGAUACUCAGACUCGUACUCAUGUUUCUGUGAGUGCUUCAGUGAAUUCUUCCUCAUGUGGCUGUGAGCAGAAGAGCUUAAUUCAGAAGCAAUUUAGCAGAAGAAGCUUAGGUGAUGAAAAUCACGUGUCAGAGUGUGAUGUUACUUAUGGUUCUUGCAAAGUUUUUAAUGGACAAAAAAAUAAGCACAAUGGGAGGGGAAGAAAAACCAGAAGACCCCAAAAGCCAACAAGGACACUAGUCAUGACGAGUAUGUGUUCUGAGAAACAAAGUAUGGUAAUUCAGGUGGUGAAUAAACUUGGAGACUUCUUGUUCUCAGACGAUGUAUGUGAAACAACAAGUCAUGUAGUUACAGGGAGUCCUCGUCGUACCUUGAAUGUUAUGCUGGGAAUUGCUCGUGGGUGUUGGAUUGUUUCUUAUGAAUGGGUUCUGUGUUCUUUGGAAUUUGGGCACUGGAUGUCGGAGGAACCAUAUGAACUUUCUUCCAACUUCCCAGCUGCUCCUAUCUGCAGGCUGCAGCGUCACCUAUCAGCAGGAAACUACCAGCUGAAUCUGUUUGCAAACCAGCCUGUGAUGUUUGUAUCUCCCACCAGCCAGCCACCCUGCAAAAAGCUGAUGGAGCUUAUAGAGCUGUCAGGAGGAAAAAUAUGUAAAGCCCUACGUCAGGCAAAAAUCUGCAUAGGAAAAUACCCAGGAAAGAAGUAUCAGGAAAUAAAAUGUUUAUCAGAAAAAUGGAUUUUAGAUUCAAUCACUCAGCAUACAGUAUGUCCUAUGGAAAACUACAUUUUUCAGCUGUGAGCUAACUCAAGAGCUUCCAUAUGGCUGUAAGGAAACAAGCCCACUUUGGUCUCAACAACUAACUAAGCUGUGAAUAAAAUCUCUAAGAGAAUGCUAAUUACCUAUUUAUAAAUAUAGUUAAAUGUUUUUAUAUUUUUAUUACUUGUGAAAAUGACAAUUUUUGUUUUCUUUUAAUAAAGUUCUUUGAUCAAAGUCAUCAUGCUU